AUGACUGCCCCAUUAAUCUUCAUAACCGGCGCGACCGGCUUCAUCGGCAGCGCCACGGCCAUCGAAGCCCUCAAGUCCGGCUACCGACUCCGCAUCGGCGUUCGCAAAAAAUCAGAGAAACUCGACCGGUUAUUGUCAGACCAUCAGAGCCAAGUGGAAUACGUCACUAUCCCAGAUCUCACCGACGAGGCUGCGUUUGCAGGGAAGCUGGAUGGCGUAGACUACGUCCUUCAUCUCGCAUCCCCUCUGGCCAAGGGAACAGACAAGGAAGCGUUCUUUCCCCCGGCCGUGAAAGGAACGCUGUCUGUCCUCAAGGAGGCUGCUCGGGUGCCGAGCAUCAAGAAGGUGGUCGUCACGUCCUCCAUCGCGUCCUUGGUUCCUCUUUCUGGGAUUCCGGAUGGCGGCGUUGUGAGAGAGGAUAACAACUGGGAUCUGAACGUCGACCCAGCCGCCGAUUUCGUUGAUCCCGCUAACCCCGCCGCAACACCAAUGACAUUGUACUGCGCGUCCAAAUUGCUCGCGAACAACGCGACGUGGGAAUAUUGGAAGACGGACCGCCCGCAUUACGCACUCGUGACCCUCCACCCGGCAUUCGUCUUCGGGCGCAAUCUGGUGCAGGAUCCCGGCGAGGAAGUGAGCGGGUCGAAUCGCAUUAUAUGGGGGAGCGUGAUGGGGGGCGUCCCGGUUGGAGGAAUCACCGGGGUGCACAUCCAAGAUGUUGCGGAGGCGCAUGUCAAGGCGCUUGCCCCUGCGAUCAAAGACGGUUCGAGAUAUCUGCUCUCUGGGCCGCGGACGACGUGGAAAGAGGUGGCGGGUAUUGCGCGCAGAUUGUAUCCUGGUGUUGGGGUGAAGUUGUCAGAGCGGGCGGAGGGUGCUUCCAUGCCCACUGACACUACCCAAGCUGAAACGGAGUUGGGAAUGCAGUGGCGGUCUUGGGAGGAUAUGGUGCGGGGUGUAAUGGAUCAGCAAUUGGGCGUUGCUCAGGCUUGA